AUUUUCAAAAUUACGACAGAAUGACACCUCGAACAAUCAUUUUCGCUCGCCCACCGAUAAAGGUGCCAUCACCUUUCGAAUUUAAUAUUUCCGAAUUUUUACCGAGAAAAAGUAUUGGAUGCAAAACUUCGAAUGCAUUCAUGAUAUACCGAAAAGUUUAUGUUAAAACGUUAUUACGACAAGAGCUUCAUUCCAAGAUGACGGAAGCAUCAUGUUGGGCAGCAGAAUCUUGGAAUGAAGAAUCGAUCGAAGUGAAGAACGAUUUUAAACGAUUUGCGAAAAAACUAAAAGAAAUUUAUCGACAUAAAUCUAAAGAAGCUCUUGAAACACAAAAAUUACAAACGACACAAUUUUCGAAUGAAUCUUUAAUAGACGAUAAUGAAGUAGAUUUAAUGACAGACAAAUCGAUACCUGUGGCAAAUCUGAUUGAUCCUAACGAAUAUGUUAAUACCGAAAACAUUUAUCAAGUAACGCAAAAUAAUCAAUUAACCGAUUUUACCAUGAUAGAUUAUGAACCUCAAGAUCUUUCUAACCAAAUACAAAUUUCUCGCGAUUAUGAAGUAUCACCUCGACUUCCGUCAAUUUUUGGGACUGAAUAUUAA